GGUCAGCCUGUCUGUCUCAGGGGCUGGGUUUCUCUUUUAUCCAAGAAGAAGGGGGAAAAAAACAGAGUUUCAAGCAUGACGGGACAAAGACACUGAGGCAACACUGAAAAAUAAUGAUUUAAAAACUUUCACAACCUACCAUGGCCAUAAGGGAGCUCAAAGUUUGCCUUUUAGGGGACACUGGAGUUGGGAAAUCCAGCAUCGUGUGCCGAUUCGUUCAGGAUCAUUUUGACCACAACAUAAGUCCCACAAUAGGAGCAUCAUUCCUAACCAAAACCGUGCCAUGUGGAAAUGAACUGCACAAAUUUCUGAUCUGGGAUACAGCCGGACAGGAAAGGUUUCACUCAUUAGCUCCUAUGUACUACAGAGGAUCGGCUGCUGCUGUCAUUGUGUAUGACAUUACUAAACUGGACUCUUUCCAGACACUGAAGAAGUGGGUGAAGGAGCUGAAAGAACACGGUCCAGAGGACAUUGUUGUAGCCAUAGCAGGGAACAAGAAUGAUUUAGGAGACAUCAGGGAAGUUCCUAUGAAGGAAGCUAAGGAGUUUGCUGAAUCAAUUGCGGCCAUUUUCAUCGAGACUAGUGCUAGAAAUGCUGUCAAUGUUGAGGAGCUCUUUCAGAAAAUCAGUAAACAGAUCCCACCCCUGGAAAACCCUGAGGUGGACAGCAACGAGUCCUUUAAACUCACCAGGCAGCCCGCUCCGCCCACCAGGAGGUGCUGUUAGUGCCAACAGCGGCUGAUGAGACGUCCUCCUUCAGCACCACGGACCCCACCAGCACAGCACAUAGUCCACGAUGCACACAGUGUCUUACUCCUGGGAAAGACAAGACAGUGGACAGGCAGGUCAGCUUGCGCGUGUGGUCAACUGCAACAUGAAACAGAAAAGCUACCAACAGUAUUAUAUGUGUCAUUGCACAGUAAUUUCAUUUAAUUGUAGCAGUGUCGUCUCUGACGAGGCCAGGAAGCAGAAAGUCUUCAGUUUGUCGCCCUCAGGUGGUGUUUUACCUGAAUUACAUUGUGUGUGUGUGUGUGGGAUGCUACAUACAGCAGGCCAUUGCAAAGAGGCGGUCUUAUCCCAUUUUCCAUAGUAACUAUAAACUUCAGCACGAAUAACAAGUGAUCUAGCUGAUGUGCUUUUUAAAGCCGGGUUUUGGCUGCAACUACAUUUUCAUUUCAACGUACGUAGAUUUUCAUCGCACUGCGGCUCUAAAAUCGCACACAUUUAAAUGAAGGGUUUUUUUAAUAUGAAUUUUUAUCGAGGCUACACCUUUAUGUACAUGUAUGUAUCACUCUUGUAUAGAAUUUAAUUUGAAUAUCUGAAUAGGAGGUUGUUGAGAUCAAACCUUAGACAAGCAUUCAGUUCUGUAGCUUAAAGGCAGCGGCUUUACAUUCCACUCCAUCAUGUGUUUCCACACACAUUUGCUGUACAGGGGUUAACUGUAAUGCUGCAGAAAGAACAGCUUAAAGGCCUAAAUCGUAAAUACAGUAUGACACCCCCUGUUGAAACACUGUGACCAAUACUAGAAUUGUUUACAUAGUGCUAACGAUAUUCUACAUGCUGAUAUGUAUUGUCUGAGAUUUCACUAUAGGGAAUGACUGUAUACAACUGCCAAACCUAAGUUUUUCAUGUAGUUUUUUUUUUUUUAACUCGAAGGGGUUACGUUUAUUGUAUUAAGAGGAGAAAAGACCUGCAUAUGUUUUACUCUAAACUUGUCUUUGUACUUACCAAUCUCUAAAAGCACAUAUGGGCAUAUAGCCCUGAACCAAUCAAUGUUAGCUUGCAAAAAAGUGGAAAACAGGAUAACAAUGAAAACAGUCUCCGGCUAGGCUAACCCAUUUGCGUAAAUUAAGAUGAUCUGUAUUGUUUGCUGCUAUGUCUGUUGCAGUGGUAUCCUUGGAUUUGACCACUGAGAGAUAUUUAGCACCACUUUUGCAUUCAUUUUAACACUAUUAAUUCGGAGUUGUUUUUUGUAAGUGUUGAAACAGUCACAGUACUCCUUAACAGCAUUGUUUGAUAAGACAUUGAAACAGACAUGAACAUUGGCCUAAAUACAUGGCUUCCUAUGUAACAGUAUUUCUGGUUCUACAUUGUCAUAGAUUAAAAAGCGUGUUUACAUUUGAAUCUAAGUUUGUUAGCACAAAUUAAAACGUAAUAUAAAAGUGUACAGUUUUUACCAACAUGUAUGACAAGGCAUUAGUAGAUUUUUAAUGCAAUUAUGGUCUCAUUUUGCCAAUAUUUACCAUUCUCUUAAAAUGAAAGUCAUCCCAAACCUCUUUCAAAAGUCUGCCAAUUACUGUCUUGCUUACUGAAGAAAACAUACAGUAGAUACCUACCGGAAAGUGAUGUGACCUGACUUCUUCUGAAUCCAGACUUUCCAGAGGAAAAUGUGUGUCACAGACAGUAUUAAAGGUUAUUUUACCUCAAGCAAAAGUCAGACAUUUCACCACAAUCUCCACUAAAAUGGAACAGAGCGAUUAGCUGAAAUUGAAAGUUGAAACUGAAUUAGGAGCCGCUUGAUGGCCCAGAUGUACGGUAGCGUCAAAAUUACCAGCAGAUUGAUGCACAUUUCAUGAAACGCAGAUUUUUCGAUGCAGUUUGGUGCGAUAUUACCUCCAUACAAGAGAAAAUGACAUGAAGAAACGUUAUUAUGGGUUAAAUGUUGACAUUUUUAACAAUUAUUAUAUUAGUUGCCACACAAGUGCCUUUUAAUGUUUUUCUAAACAAUUGUACAAUAUGGCUAAAAAGUGCAUACUGCUAGAAUAAUGCAUGACUUACUUGACUAAAUCAGUACAGACCAGACUAACAGUAUGCAUAACAGUCAACGUUGCAACUGCCAGUUAUCUGCAGCCAUGCUUAUACUGUAUGCCUAAGUCAUGCUUCCCUGUAUCCUCUGUAGGAUGGAUUAACUUUUGUAUAUUAAUCAGUGUAAUAAAGUAGUGAUU